AUCGGAUAGAGCAAACCAAGAGCACCAGCAGAGUAUUGCAAAAUUACAUCACAAUGGUCAAAGACAAAGAAACAGUCAUCGACGAGUUCAACGACAUCGUGAACAUGGCUCCUAACGAACUCCGCGACUGGCUGAAACAAGAGCAGUCGCAGGAAUCAGGCUGGACGAAUGAUUCGGGCGAGACGGUCGGACAUGAAAGUGGCCGUAAGAUUGUCAACAUUCUCGAGCAUAAUCCGUCCAAAGACCCGGAUAGUUACCGAGAUGGGGAUAUCGAUCAUAUGCGCAAGGUCGUGUCGUACUGUAAGAGACACUUGGCGCAGGAGCAGAAGGCGAAGCAGGAUACGGAGAGUAGAAGCUACAAGUCGUUGAAGAAUUGGGGUCAUGAUCCGUUGAAGGGGUAGCUUUUGGUUUGGGUGAAUAGGGAAUCGGAGUUAGGUGGGAUGAUUGUACGAUAUCAUGUUUCGGUUGUUCUGUUGAUAAAAUGUGUAUUUAUAUUCUAGGAUUUGUUG